UGAGAGGUGCCACCUUAUUUCUGCAUCCUAUAAUUUCUCUUGUCAUUCCACAUAUGAGUCAACUUUUCCAAGCAAUUUAACUACCCUUCAUUCUUUCCCUCUUUCUUUUUCUCCUUAAAAUCUCUGUUCUAACAUCAUUUAUCCUCCUCCUAGCAUUCUCUCCUAUACAAUUUGUUAAGAUUGCAGAGAUGGCUGAAGAGACAAUAUUGGAAAAUGAAGAGAUGGUGUUCCCAUCACCACGACGACUUGCCAAAUUGAAUGAACGAAUCCUUUCCACGUUAUCCAGGAGAUCAGUCGCGGCACAUCCAUGGCAUGAUCUUGACAUUGGACCUGAAGCACCACAAAUCGCCAACUGUGUUAUUGAGAUCUCAAAAGGAAGUAAGGUCAAAUAUGAACUUGACAAGAAGACAGGAAUGAUAAAGGUUGAUCGUAUCCUAUAUUCAUCCGUUGUGUAUCCUCACAACUAUGGUUUCAUCCCUCGCACAUUGUGUGAUGACAAUGAUCCUAUUGACGUCUUGGUCCUCAUGCAGGAACCAGUCCUCCCUGGCUGUUUUCUGAGAAUUAAGGCCAUUGGAUUAAUGCCCAUGAUUGAUCAGGGUGAAGCAGAUGACAAGAUCAUAGCCGUUUGUGCUGAUGAUCCUGAGUACAAGUUUUACUCAGACAUCAAGGAACUUCCUCCUCACAGACUUGCAGAAAUUCGCCGUUUCUUUGAAGACUACAAGAAGAAUGAGAACAAAGAAGUUGCUGUCAACGACUUUCUGCCAAAGGAGGCAGCCUUUGAGGCUAUCCAGCACUCAAUGGAUCUGUAUGGUGAAUAUAUAAUGCACACUCUGAAGCGGUAGAUCAUAUGCAAGCCCGGUUCUUUGAGCAUUUUUCAGAGAUUAUAAGUUUUUCUACAAUGUUUAGCAACUUAGAAAAGUUUACUGUUAUUGGGUUAAAAGGCUUCUUAGAGUAGGAGCUGAUAAUAUCUCCCAUUCACUAUAAGAAUGACAAUAUACUCCCUCAAACUAGAGGUCUGAGACAUUUAUUUUCUGUAAAACUUUAGGAAUUUUGGAUUCACAACCAAUUCUGCUAUAUGAGCUUUGUUGAGAGCCAGAUUCGGGUUAGUUUUGCAUUAUCAGUGUUAUCUGUAUUUUUACAAGUUCAAAAAUGUAAACCAAUUAGAAUCAAAACCUUAACACUCGGGAAGAAAUGGAAGCAGCAACCACUGCCUCCAUCUCAUGAUUCA